AAUUUACUUCUUAGAGCUCUUCGACGUGAAGCUCUUGAAGGGGUAAACAUCAGCAUGGUUGUUCACCAACCAAGCUAUGCAUUGUUCAAGAUGUUUGAUGACUUAAUACUUCUCGCCAAAGGUGGUCUUACGGUGUACCAUGGAUCUGUAAAGAAAGUUGAAGAAUACUUUGCGGGCCUUGGAAUCACUGUACCAGAACGUGUUAAUCCUCCGGAUCACUUCAUUGACAUUUUGGAGGGUAUAGUUAAACCAGGCACAGGUGUGACUAUUCAACAGCUUCCUGUUAGGUGGAUGCUUCAUAAUGGUUACCCAGUACCCCCGGAUAUGAUGCACCUUUGUGAUCAAAUUUCAACAUCCACAAAGGAUAAAAUUCCAGGUGCUGAAGGGCCUAUUGAAAAAUCUUUUGCCGGAGACUUGUGGCAGGAUAUGAUGUGCACUGUUGAACUUCAGCGAGAUUAUAUACAACACAAUUUUUUAAAAUCCCAUGAUCUAUCUAACCGAGUUACUCCUGGUGUGCUCCGUCAAUAUAGAUAUUUCCUCGGGAGGGUUGGGAAGCAGAGACUACGAGAAGCUAAAAUACAAGCAGCAGAUUAUCUGAUCCUAUUAAUUGCUGGAGCAGCAUUAGGAACUCUUGCUAAAGUGAGCGAUGAAACAUUUGGGGCUCUAGGUUAUACUUAUACUGUCAUUGCUAUUUCACUCCUAUGCAAGAUAUCAGCUUUGAGAUCAUUUUCACUGGACAAAUUACACUACUGGAGAGAGAGCGCAUCUGGCAUGAGUAGUUUAGCUUAUUUUCUCUCCAAGGAUACGAUAGACCAUUUCAACACCGUCAUCAAGCCUUUGGUUUAUCUUUCCAUGUUCUAUUUCUUCAACAACCCUCGGUCAUCCUUUGAGGACAAUUAUGUUGUUUUGCUCUGCCUUGUGUACUGUGUGACUGGCAUGGCCUAUGUAUUUGCCCUCUUGCUCGAACCAAGUCCGGCCCAACUGUGGUGUGUUCUUCUUCCAGUUGUUUUGACUCUCAUCGCAAACCAGGAUAAAGAUAGUCAAAUUUCAAAACUUGUAGGAAAUUUUUGCUACCCGAAGUGGGCUUUAGAAGCCUUUGUUAUUGCAAAUGCUGAAAGGUACUCGGGGGUAUGGCUGAUAACUCGCUGUGGUUCAUUGAUGCAAAGUGGCUAUGAUGUUCAUAACUGGAAUCGCUGUCUAAUUUUGCUCAUACUAUCUGGUAUACUUUGUCGUUUCAUAGCUUUCUUUUGUAUGGUGACCUUCCAAAAGAAGUGAGUACAACUACUCUUCAUAUCUUAACAAUUUUUUGCACAAAAACAGAAAUGUCUAGUUUUGAUAUCAUUUGUAUCAUAGUAGCUCCAUUUUUUCUACAAAGUAUUCAGAGGAACAAUACAAAAUUCUCUUUAGCAGAACCAUGAAAACAGAAUUACAUAAAUCAGGCUUCAUGAUUGGAUUGAGGCUUUUUGUUGUCAUUUCUUGUACUUUAUAGUGUAUAUUGUAGGUGACUAUCGACUUUGAAAAGAAUUUAUUACACUUUUCAUGUAUGCUAGUUAUAAUUUGAGUCA